AUGGUCUUGAUGUCUGGGGUAAGUAAACAGGUGGUGCUAUUGGAGCUAACUGUCCCCUGGGAAGAGUGGAUGGAGGAAGCGCAGGAACGGAAGAAGGCCAAGUAUGCUGACCUGGUUACUGAAUGUCGGAGGAAAGGGUGGAAGACCUGCUGCAAGCCCUUUGAAGUGCCACCUCAUGGAGCUGAUGGUCUACAACUGUUUGCAAUCAUCGCCACCUUGUUCAUCCACUUCACUUUUGCCAGGAAUUCCACUGUUGCUAGUGCACCUCUACUGCCUUGCAACGCACAGCUGCUUCCCAUCGACUCAAACGGACCGAGGAACCGGACACAAGAAGAAGACCGCAGAGACAUGAGCUCUUUGACUGUGGCGCAACUUUAUGUUUUACUUUUCUUCGGGAGUGUCGGCUGCUGGACCGGGACAGAUGCAAAUCCUUUCAGUCAGUGGGAAGAUGGCAUUGCUUUUGAAAAGGUCCCUGGCAUACAGAAGAGUAAUGUUUUGGGGGAUGUUCUGUGGAAAGACCAGAACAAGGACCAAGUCCAGAAUGUUUUCAAAAGAUUCCUCUUUCAUUACUCUAAAGCUCGCAACUCUGUGGGAGCUGUGCCACAUGAGGGAUGUCCAACUGGAAGGAGUCCCAGGGUGAAUACCCAGGACAUGCUGGAGGGAUUAUAUCCCCUAGCUGUCAAAUUCUGUUCAUCCUCUGAUGCGACUUUCACCCAAACUCUCCCAAAGGAGAAAGAAGCAGCUCCUGCUGGUGAAGAUUCGAGCUCUGCCCGAGGGGAUGUUCAAAGAAAAGACACGUAGACAGACGUCAGACAUGCAGCAGGAAGCUCUGCCUCUGAAGUCCAACAACACUCCUGCCCGAAACUGCUAUCCAUAUGUGGUGUUUUGUUUCCAAAAAAUAGAUUGUAUGUGAAGGAAAGGAUGAAGCUGCUGUAUGUACUUCUAAAUGUAAACUGUAUAAAUCAUUGUGAACUGUUGUCAUACACAACACACUGUUACAGUAGAGAAAAUAGAAACAAAGGCCUCAAAGUUUUAAAUGCACUCAUUCAACAUCACUGCGACAAACAUUUUAGCACAUGUUGACUGUGUAGCAGACAUGAACUCUAUAAUUUGACUACACA